CGUCUUCGCAUCAUCAUGUUCGUUGGUUGGCGAUCUUUCGCUGUUCUUUCCCCGGUAUUUGGGAUUAUCAAAUCCAUGUACAUGCCAAAUCUAUGUACAUGCCCUGACCUUGAUGUAAUCCCUCGGAUGAUAAUCGGCCACCCGAAGCCCAUUGACAUAUAACAACGGCAUCUGAAAUUCGAGUUGUCGUGCGCCCCAACCAAGCAAACCAAAAUGCCCAAGCCCGAGCUGGAGUUCAAGCACCUCACCGACUUUGCGUGGGACAGGAAAGAGGGGUUUGCCCAGCAGAUUCUUGCUUACGACGAAGAGACUGGGGACACUACCAAGGUCGUCUCUCGAGACCCCGGACAUGAGCAGCACGGCCCCCCUCAGGUCCAUACCGACUUCUGGGAGGAGGUCUACAUAUUGUCGGGCUCCAUCUACGACAAGGGUCUUAAACAGUGGUUCCGCGCCGGCUCCUACUGUUGCCGACCUCCUGGUAUGAUUCAUGGUCCUUACAUUUCUUGCCCCAACGAGGGCGUCAAAAUGUUCGUCAAUGUCCGCUACGUCAGAAAGUCUGAUGCCCCCGACAACUCAUAAGCAAACCUUCCUACAUUUUGCAUGCAAAUAC